AUGAAGUUCUCUACCAUCUUCCAGACCGUCGCUGCCGUCGCCACUACCGGCUUCGUCACCGUCAUGGCCGACAAUGCCACCGCCGACGAGGCAGAGUGCGGCUUCGGCGGCCUUUACCAGCCGGAUCUCAUGAGACUGCCCGACAACAUCGACCGCGACAGUAUUCGCAAGUGCAAGGAGCACCCCCUGGGUUCCGCCACCGCCCUGCUUGGCCGGCGUGACUGCUACCACGACGCUCCUUUUGGCUGCACGGACGGCUACUGCUGGAAGCAGUGUGGCGCUACGGGAUCCGGCCAGUGGUGCUGGACUGCCGGUAACGGGGGCUUCGGCGAAUGGAUCGGCUGCAGCACCAACCAGCAGUGCAAUCAGCAGCAGGAUUGCGGCGUUGGACCUGGCGACUGCGGCUCUUGCGGAUGCAGCUGCUAAGACAGUGAGCCGGAACAGCUGCCUGCCUCGCCUUCC